GUGAUGACGUCACGGGGAGGGUCACGUGGGGGCGGCGGCGGCGCGAGCGGCGCGCGGGGAGCGGCGCUGUCGCUGCUGCUGCUGCCGGCGCUGGGCCGGAGAGCCCCGCCCAUGGCCACGCCCACCCUGGGGACAGCGGGGGACACGCGCGGGAACAGCACCGGGGGUGACACCAGAGGGGACACCGGGGGUGACUCCGGGGGCGGCCCCGGCAGCGUCUCGGCCGCGUUCGUCACCUGCCCCAACCUGAGCGUGGCCACCGAGCUGGCGAGGGCUCUGGUCCAGCACCGUUUGGCCGCCUGCGUGAACAUCGUGCCCGGGGUCACCUCGGUCUACACGUGGCAGGGGAAGCUGGAGGAGGACAGCGAGGUGCUGCUGAUGAUCAAGACUCGCAGCUCCCGGGUGCCGGCGCUCAGCGACUUCGUGCGGUCCCGUCACCCCUACGAGGUGCCCGAGGUGGUGGCGCUGCCGGUGGCUCAGGGGAACCCCCCGUACCUGCGCUGGGUGCUGGAGGCCGUGCCUGAACCCCAGCCGUGCCCCCCGAAAUCCUGA